AUGCUCCGCUUUUGCCUUGCACUGCGCGCUACUAGCGUGCAACAGAAGCCCCACUUGUUUCGUAUUGAUCUGACGUCGAAGCACACGCCAGGUCGCCUCUACCUCGCCGAUCGCGCCGUCAAGUCCACUGCCGCGGAUCCAUGCUUUGUGUGCCUCGAUAACGCCAUGGCAUGCCAGACAGUGGAUUCGAACGCUGCGGUGGUGCUGCGCAGUUGCACAACAAAGGAUCGAGAACUCUUUCAGUACGGGCGGAUGCGCUUUCAAGGCAUGAGUUGUGCUCUUGUGUUUCGUCACAACCACCUCGUCUUUCAAGGCAUCGGCGACGCCUCCGUGCAGACUCUUGAAAUGUCGCUGCACUAUAAUGACAUUUUCGCGCUACUUGGCGGCAUUGGCGCGGACGAGAACAUAUCGGAGUGGGUACGUGCAGUGGAGAAGGCAGUCGCUGAGGGUGACGUGGAGUAUGUAGCAGAGGAGAUGCUGUUGCAGCUGCGGUGCACCGCGGAAGGCUGCACCUCCGUUGUAGCAAAGAUCUCAAAGUUCUCAACAGGCCUGCCAGAGCCGCCGAACUAUUCCCAUCCCGUGUAG